AUGGACGCGAGCGGCUCAACAACAACAACAUGUCCCGCGCGCCGACCGCUCGACCCGGCGAUGGAGCGGCACGACUUGCUCGACUUCGGGGCCGGCUACAUUCAGCGGUCGAUCGACGAGCUGCCCAAGCGAGGCGAGGCGUGGCCGUGGUGUCCGCGCAUGUACUAUGUCUCCGACUUGCUCUCCAUCCGCCAUGGGGCGCUGGUCGACUCGGCGAUGGAGUUCCGCCGGCCGCAUGCCAAGCCCGACUGA